CACCCACGCGUCCACAGCCAGGUUGUUGUUGCCAUGAGGACGGCGAAGCAACAGGGAAACCAAACCUUCUGUAAGCUCCUACGGGCGUUGGACAUUUCGGAAGGGGAGGAUGAAGCUCCGUUGUUAUGAUAUGUAUUUCUAUUUCUCUCCCACUGCAGGGUUCAUCUGGAUUUAUUUCUGAGCAAUAAAAGAUUUUGAAGAUGUGCUCUGCUCUUUUGAAUUCUCUGUCUUUGUGUCUGUAAUUUUUCCAGUGACAAAAUUUAGAAAAACCCACUUGCAAAUCAGCUUCUUUUCUUUUUUACAAAAUAAUUGGGAGAAUGGAGCUAUCACGAUGACAAGCCUUCCAGACUGAAGAGCCGGAAGCCAACCAGAUGUUUGAGGGGAUCGCCGUCCUCCGAUGGCUGUGCUGGGGAGCCGUCUACCUUUUGGCAGUGAGCGUGGCUUUGUCCUCUGAAACGCUGCCGCCGUGUCCACAGUCCUGCCGCUGCAACGCCGCGCUGCAGGAGCUGAACUGCUCCGGGAGCCAACUGGCCCGAGUGCCCGACGAUCUCCCACCAAACACUAAACUGCUAAACCUAACACGCAAUAGGAUCACCGCUCUGGUGCAACGGAAGUUCCAAAGUUUGCCACAGCUUUUAGAUUUGGACCUGAGUGACAACAUCGUGGCAGUAAUGGAAGUGGAAGCGUUUCUCGGCCUGGAAAGACUGGUGACUCUGCGUCUUGCUCGUAACCGCCUGAAGCUCAUUCCUGUCGGAGUGUUUGCUGGUUUGCCGAAACUGAAGUUACUGGACAUAAGCAGCAAUGAGAUCCUUGUUUUUAUAGAUUUUACUUUUCGGCAUCUCACUGCCCUUCAGUUCAUUAAAGCGACAGAUAAUGAGUUAGUUUUUAUUUCUCAUCAAGCUUUCGCAGGCUUGACCAGUCUGCACGAGUUGCACCUCGAUGGCUGCAACCUCACCGCCGUGCCGACGGAGGCGUUCACACAGCUCAGUGGUUUAAGAAGUCUUCAUUUUCACCAACUGGGCUUCGCCACGCUGCAAAACUACUCUUUCCGUCAACUGGGGCGCCUCAAGGAACUGGUCAUCACUCGAUCCCGCUGGCUGGAGACCCUGGCGGCGAACAGUCUCUUUGGUCUGAAUCUUACGUCUCUAACCAUCAAACAGUGUAACCUCAGCGCGGUCCCCUACGUCCCUUUACACCCUCUUGUAUAUCUCGUAUACCUCGACCUCUCUUUUAACCCGAUCACCGACAUUCACGGGAACCUGUUUGGAGACAUGCUCAGACUCCGAGAGCUCCAUCUGGUGGGCUGCUCCUUGCUGCGUAUCGAAAUCGAGGCAUUUAAGGGUUUGGCUCAUUUCAAAUUGCUGAAUGUAUCUGGAAAUCUUCUCACCACACUGGAGGCGGGAGCUUUCCAUUCAGUGGACAACCUAAGAACUCUGGGACUUGACAACAACCCACUAGCGUGCGACUGCCGCCUGCUGUGGGUGGUGCCGAGGCGACAGCAUCUGGACUUUGGUGGAAAUCCACCAACUUGCUCUACCUCAGUUCAUUUGCAGGGACGGUAUGUUCUCGACUUUACCGAAGCGGAGCUACCGGGCCUGCUCACGUGUCGGCCGCCUCGUAUUCUCAACCGCAAACCUCAAGAAGUGAAGGUAGACCAAGGACACACGGCGGUGAUGUACUGCAUUGCAGAAGGUGACCCUGUGCCAUCUGUCACCUGGUUAAGCCCUCAGCUAAAAACUCUUUCUCCCAUUGGUAGAAUACGGGCUGUCUCCAAUGGUUCGCUGGAGGUUCACUAUGCUCAACCUCAAGACAGUGGUGCUUAUCUCUGCGUGGCAUCUAAUGCUGCGGGAAACGACAGCCUGCCCGUCAGCCUCCACGUGCGAGUCUUUCCAUCGUCCUCUAAAAAUCCCUUCCGUCUUAAAGGUUGGUUCACCUUUCCGUCCGCUUCUCCGGGUGUCAAUGGAAAUCAGAUCAUCACAUUUGAUGUAAGGACAUUAUUAGUCGUUGCAACCAUAGGACUUCUUUCAUUCUUCAGCUCCGUCAGCGUAUGUUUCAUCUUCAUGUUCUUCUGGAGUAAGAGUAAAGGGCAAAUAAAGCACACAGCCACGAUAGCAUAUGUCCCGCGAAGCACCGUGGCAAGCAGUAACGGAGGAAAGGGCAACUGUGUGGAGAAGAACAGGUUCACCAUGAAACUAAUAUGACAUUCACAUGGUACGACUUGGGUAUUAAAGUGUAAAACUUGCAUUUCCAUUUCCAUAGAUAUAAUUAAAGACAUUUUGGAGCAUGUGGACAUCCAACAGAGGAUGACUUUUAAUUCACUCAUAUAAAUAAGAGCAUGUUAGGUAGAACCCACAUUUUGAAAAAGUAAAUACAAUGCAUACUGUAAAUUGUGCUGGUAUAAGUCCUUAUAAAUGUAAAUAGGAUUUAGGUUACUUUUUGAAAAAUCCACACUGGCAGAGGACGUCCUUUUCUUUUUUAAUUUUUCAUCCCUGUCAAGCUCCACUAUAACAAACCAUGAAUGUAAAGCUACUUUAAGCAAUACAUUUAAUUAGCAUAAUGCAUGUAACAUGAAGAGACAUAAAUUCAUGUUUUUUUUUUGCUUAAGCCUUUGUUCAUUUGUGUAUAUAUAGGGAAACAAUUAAAGAACUGCUUUGUUUGAAAUGAAAUAAUUACCUCAGAUGGUAAACCAUGUUAACCUUAUAUUGAAGUAAAUUUACAUAUGGUUUGCCGCUAACAUCUAACUUCUAAUGUUUGCUAGAACAGUAAAACUGUCACUUACUGCUGAACUCAUUAUUCAUUGGACGUGUUAAAUGUGUGUUUUCAUUCAAUUCCCCAAUAAAUCUCUUCAUUGGUUUUCGUUUUAACAGCAGCA